AUGGGACCAGGGGGUGAGGCAGGUCUCCAAGAUGGUUCAGGGGGUCUUGGAGGAAUAGAGCCAGGGGGAAUGGGACCAGGGGGUGAGGCAGGUCUCAGAGAUGGUUCAGGUGGUCUCAGAGGAAUAGGGCCACAGGGUGAGCCUGGUCUCAGAUCUGGUUCUGAGGGUCUCAGAGGAAUACAGUCAAGGGGGAGUCAACAUCUUGGGACCCCUGGAAUGGUGCAGAUGGGCCUUGUGACAGAAAAGGCUCUGGAGGCAGACCAGGGACCAUCCAAGGCCUGGACUCUCAGCUAG